AUGAUUUCAACUAUCGCCGCAACAGUUCGGAAUUCCCCGAAAACUGUUAGUUUUUCAAACGGAAGCAACGGCUCCCUCGUUGGUCACCUUUACCUUCCUAAGACCUAUGAAUGCAAUCAACGAUAUCCUGCCGUCAUCGUUGGCGGUUCGAUGGCGUCUGUUAAGGAGCAGAUGAGCGGUACAUAUGCGAGCCAAUUAGCGAACCACGGCAUCAUCGCCAUGGCCAUCGAUUAUACCAACUGGGGGGAAAGUAGUGGCGCGGAGCGUUCUUCUGAAGUCCCGACACAAAAGACCAAAGAUCUGUCAUCGGCAGUGAGCUAUUUGGUAAACCGGAAGGAUGUGGCUGCUACAGCACUCUUGGGCAUAUGCACUUCUGGUGGAAAUAUCCUCUAUGCUGCAGCAGAAGAUCGUCGUGUACGCGCUUUGGUAACAGUAGCAGGCUUUUUUGGGGAGCCGGAUCUACUUCCAACACUAUUCGGUGCUGAUGGGGUUGAAAGUCGAAAGGCUUCAGGUCGUCAAGCUCGUGACCUUUACAGAGAGACGGGCGAAAUUGAGAUCAUCAAAGCGUACUCGGACGCUGAGCCCGCAGCGAGCAAAACUCCUAAAGAUUCAUACUACAUGGAUCAGUCACGAGGCGGUGGUGUUCGCGCCUGGCGCAAUUCCUUUGCCGUCAUGUCGUGGGAGUCAUGGCUCGCUUUUGACCCUGUUGCGAAAGCUUCACGGGUUACUACUCCGACGUUGAUGAUUCAUUCUCAAAAGGCAGCAUUCCCUACUCAAGCUUCUAAAGUCUACGAUCUGCUGGCUGGACCGAAAGAAUGUAUUUGGACCGAGGCGACCCACUUCGAUUUUUACGAUAAUACGGAAACUGUACAAGAUGCUGUCCAGCAAAUCGCCGGGUUUCUCCACAAAACGCUUAUGCUAUGA